UGUGGGGUAAGUUAGGAACUAAAUUGUUGUUCUCUACUACAUGUCACCCACAAACUGAUGGUCAAACGGAAGUAGUGAAUAGGACUUUGUCUACUUUAUUGCGUGCAAUUAUACAAAAAAACUUGAAAACUUGGGAAGAUUGUUUACCGCAUGUUGAAUUUGCUUAUAAUCGCUGUGUUCAUUCUGCAACUAAGUUUUCACCAUUUGAGAUUGUUUAUGGUUUUAAUCCUUUGACUCCUUUGGAUUUAACCCCUUUACCUUUGGAUGAGCGUGUUAACUUAGAUGGCGAAAAAAAAGCAGAUUUCGUAAAACAACUUCAUGAGAAGGCAAGGCAACAUAUAGAGCGUCGGACUGAGCAAUAUGUCAAGCAAGCUAAUAAGGGACGCAAGAAAGUUGUCUUCGAACCAGGAGAUUGGGUAUGGCUACAUAUGAGAAAGGAUCGGUUUCCUCAACAAAGAAGAUCUAAACUUCUUCCAAGGGGUGAUGGACCAUUUCAAGUGGUGGAACGUAUCAAUGACAAUGCCAACAAACUUGAACUACCUGGUGAGUAUGGUGUUAGUAAUAGCUUUAAUGUUUCUGACUUAUCUCCAUUUGAUGUAGGUGAUGCAGAUUUGAGGACAAAUCUUUCUCAAGAAGGGGAGAAUGAUGCAAAUGGAACCAUAAGAGACGAAGUCCACCAAGAGCCACUAAGCUUGCCAAGCGGACCAAUCACAAGGCUUAGAGCCAAGCGUUUCAAGGAAGCAUUAUAUGGGCUGAUUCAAGAAGAAGUUGAGAUGGCAAAUAAUUGGAGGCCCAACAUGAGUUCAAAUCCAUGUACAAGCCCAUUCACAAUUCAAAUGGACCCAAAUCAGAUUGAAGGGAAGUCAAUCACAAAGAUAUCAGUUGUGGAAGGGUCUAAUUGAAGUAAUCACGUUCUC